GACACAUGGAGCCACUUAGCGGAGGCUGCCGCGAAUCAUCGCGCUCACACGGAGCAUAAUGUUUGUGCAGUCUGCCUCUUGAUUCAGCGAUGCAGUUCAUUACAGGAGGUGUGACCUAAAGUUCAGAGCACGUACGAGGCGGUCGCUCGGUAGAGCCGAGGUGCGAGCGAGCGUCGCCACAGCUCUAGGGUCUCUCGCUGCCGUGAGAGCGUGCCGCUCCGCUUCCAGACGCGGCGUCGCCGUGAAGAGACGCGUGCGCGCCCCGUGGAGGGGAUGAGCGAUUCCCGACCCGCCGACGCGUCCUCGCGCCGGGAGCUCAGGGAGGCUGUGGCGGCGCGCGCGCGCGCCCAGCGGGGGCCCUUCUGACCGUCGCGCACGCAGGGUGGGGUGCAGCGAGGAGCUCCGUCCCCGCGCGCCGCCACGCCCCCGCGCUUGGCGCUGUCCGGCGCUGUGGUGCUGAACGCUGGCUACGAAUACAGCGCAGCAGCCUGCAGCGCAGUGGUCCGCCUGCACGCGGACGUGCCGCAUGGAGCCAGGAGAGCGUCUCCAAGGAUGACAACACCUGAAGUUCCCAGAGGUCUCCCGUCAGGAUCCUGGAGCGGAUAACCAUGCGGGGAAUCUGUCCCACCUGGUUCUUUUUUCUUGUUUAAUGAUCGUCUCCCCGAGUCCCUUUGGAGUACGUAACUUGCCACCAACAUGGCUUGGGUUGUUUUGCUCUGCUGCCUUUUGGCACCGGCUGCCGGGAUUGACGCACAGGAGCGGCUGCCCUUCUUUCACGGGCAUGUGUUCGAAAACUCGCCGACGGCGUCCAAAGUGAACGGCCUGAGCGUUCCGGCGAGGCGCAUCAACGCGCAAAAAUGGUGCCCGCUCUCCGGGAUGCACUUCAAACUGCACGGGAACGGCAGCGAGGACUUCCGCGCCUUCGCCCACCACAGGCGGGGGAAUAUGUUGUUGAAAACUUCCAGGGUUUUGGACCGAGAGGCUCGCUCAGAGUACCUGCUGAGCGUGGGCGUGUGCUGCCAGAGCUGCCUGCCGGAGUCCGUCACCUUCGAGGUGGCGUCGGUGAAAGUGGACGUUUUGGACACCAACGACCACGCGCCGACUUUUCGCAGUGCGCGCACGGUUCACAUAACUUUAGAAGACACCACCGCUCUCCGCAGCGUCGUGCACAAGCUGGAGGCUGUCGACGCAGACAGCGGCAAGAACGCGGACCUGACGUACGUGUCUGUCCCCAAAAACGGCAGUUUCUAUGUCGUGCCGAAGACGGGCGAAGUUUUGCUCGUGGACUCUAUUUUGGGGCUGCCCUCCGUGAUCACGUUCAGCGUCUUCGCCAGGGACCACGGCUGGCCGCCUUUGACGAGCGAGGCGGCGGUGGUCGCCGUCGCUCCCCGGCGGUGGGCGACGCGUGCCGCCGGUCCGACGCGGUCGCGACGCGCGGCGCGGUCGCCCAGGGCUUUACUCGACCCCGGCGCCGUGCUGUCCCUCAACGUGUCGGAGGACGCCGGCGUCGGCUCGGUCAUAACGAGCCUGGCCCCGACCCGGUUCCAGGCAGCCGCCUACGAGCUGAUUUACCCGGAGGCGGAGAGCGCGCCCGUCGCCGUGGGGCGCGACAGUGGGGACGUCACGAUAACCAGGAGGCUGGAUAGGGAGACGGAGCCUCUGGUGGAGCUCACUGUUAAGAUUCAGGACAAACGAGGCCAAGACUGGUACCUGAACAAGGUGAAGCUGAAGAUCACCGAUGUCAACGACAACGUUCCUGAGUGGAAUAUGAAGCCGUACCCGUACCUGGCCGUGGUGUCUCCCGAGGCCUCGGCGGGAACGUUUGUCUACCAGCUCCAAGCUCUCGAUGGGGAUGAGGGGAAAAGCGGAGAGGUGGAAUACUUCCUGUCAGACGGCGGCGACGGCUGCUUCGCGGUGGAGAAGAAGACGGGCCAGGUGGUGACCACGGGGCUGGUGCUGCAGCGGGACAAGGAGUACCUGCUGAGCGUGGUGGCCCUGGACGGCCUGGGCGGCCGCAGCGCCCCCGCCAUGCUGUCGGUGGUGGCGGGGGCGCGGGCGCCGCAGUUCGCCAACGCCAGCUACGCCAUCUCCAUACCGGAGAACACACCUGAGGGACAGACCUUCCUGCUGGUGUUCGCCACUUCCUUCCAGCGGCAGCCCGUCGGCUACAGCCUGCUCAUCAACCCCAGCAGCCUGUUCAGCAUCAAGCAGGAGACGGGGGAGAUCAGUCUGACCCGGACGCUGGACUACGAGAGCGACCAGCGCCGCUACCUGCUGAUGGUGCGCGCCGCCGAGGAGCCCGGCAGCCUCAGCGCCGCCACGGAGGUUCAGGUGUUGAUAACAGACGAGAAUGAUUGUGUCCCCGAGUUCCUUCAGUCCAUCUACAGUGUGGAUGGAGUUCCAGAGACUGUAACCACGGCAACGUCGCUGCUGCAGGUUCUGGCCACGGACUGCGACUCGGGCUUAAACGCCGAGCUGACCUACUACACCCUCAGCCCAGACUUCAGCAUCUCCCCCCACGGGACAGUGUUCCCCGCCGGGCGGCUGGACUACGAGCGGCCCAACCACCUGUACGAGUUUGUGGUGAUGGCGGUGGACGGCGGCGACGAGCCCCACUCCGGCACGGCCACGGUCCGCGUCCGGAUGGCGAACGUCAAUGACGAGGCGCCCGAGUUCUCCCAGCCUGUAUAUCGAACAUUUGUUUCCGAGGACGCUGGCCCCAACACCCUCGUCGCCACGGUCCUGGCCAAAGACCCAGAUGGCGACGGUAUAAUCUACUCCAUAACGGCAGGAAAUGAAGAGGGAAACUUCGUCAUCGACAGCCAGAAAGGUCUGAUCCGCCUCCGCUCCGCUCCGCUGCCCAAGCUGCAAGGCCUGGAGUACGUCCUGAACGUGACGGCCACCGACGACAACGCGUCGGGCGGCGCGCAGCCGCUCGCCGCCGCCGCGCGGGUCAUCGUCGGGGUCGACGACGUCAACAACAACAAACCUGUGUUUGAGGAGUGCCAGCAAUAUCGUGAGCAGGCUUCAGUGCUGGAGAACCAGCCGACGGGGACUUUUGUGUUGCAAGUGCAUGCCGUGGAUGCAGAUGAGGGAGCAAAUGGAAAAGUCAAAUAUGGCUUAAUGCACAGAGACAGCGCCAUGCCUGCCUUCAGAAUCCAUCCAGACACAGGUGGGAUUGUGACGGCCAGGAGGUUCGACCGCGAGCGCCAGAGAGAGUACUCUGUAACGGUCACGGCCACCGACUGGGCAGAGGAGCCGCUCAUCGGCAUCUGCCAGCUCACCGUCCAAAUACUGGACCAGAACGACAACAGCCCCAAGUUUGAGAAUCUGCGCUACGAGUACUUCCUGAGAGAAGACACUUUGGUGGGCACGAGUUUCCUGCGUGUAGCGGCUCACGAUGAUGACUUCGGGACUAAUGCGGCUAUCACUUACUCCAUGUCCCUGGAGCAGCCAGAGUACCUGCGCGUCAACCCCGUGACUGGAUGGAUCUACGUUAACCAGCCUAUAUCACAGAGAACCUAUAUCACGCGGGACAUCAUAGCCACUGAUGGGGGAAACCGAAGCACCUCCGUGGAGCUGUCUGUCACCAUCACCAACGUGAAGAACCAGCCUCCGCAGUGGGAUAAGGAGAGCUACAGCGUUGUCAUCCCUGAGAACACCGCCAGAGACACUCCGAUAGCGACGAUCAAAGCGACUUCGCAUCUGGGCGACCCGAGGGUGACGUACAACCUGGAGGACGGGAUGGUUCCUGAAACCAACAUGCCGGUGCGCUUCUAUCUGUCUCCGAACCGUGAGGACGGCUCUGCCUCCAUCCUGGUGUCGGAGCCGCUGGACUACGAGACCACGCCGUAUUUCUCUCUGCGGGUCCGAGCGCAGAACGUGGCCCCGGUUCCUCUCGCAGCUUUCACCACUGUUUAUGUCAAUGUCACAGACGUCAACGACAACGUGCCGUUCUUCACCUCCUCCAUCUACGAGGCCUCGGUGACGGAGGGCGCGCAGACGGGGACGCUCGUCCUCCAGGUCUCGGCGCACGACAAGGACCUGGGUCUGAACGGGGAGAUCACUUACUCCCUGCUAAGUGACAGCAGCGGCGAUCACCAUCUGUUCCGCGUUGACCCAGAACACGGCAACAUCUACACAGAAGCCGUGUUCGACCGCGAGGCCCGCAGCUCCUACUUGUUGGAGGUUCAGUCGGAGGACGGCCAGGAGUCGGCUCGACCCGGCAAGAACAAGCAGCCCAACUCAGACACGGCCUAUGUGAGGGUUUUCAUCAGCGACGUCAACGACAACAAGCCCGUGUUCGCUCAGCGCCUCUAUGAAGUCGGCGUCGACGAGAAUGCAGAUGUGGGCCAGGCUGUUGUCACCGUUAGCGCUAAUGACGAGGAUGAAGGGGCCAACGCCAAGCUGCGCUACCAGAUAACAUCUGGCAACAAGGGCGGCGUCUUUGACAUAGAGCCAGAAGUGGGCACCAUCUUUAUUGCACAACCGCUGGACUAUGAGCAGCAGAAGAGAUACAAGUUACUCGUCCUCGCAUCCGACGGGAAGUGGGAGGACUACGCCGCUGUGGUGGUCACGGUGGUCAACAAGAACGACGAGGCGCCCGUGUUCUCCAUGAACGAAUACUAUGGCUCUGUCACAGAGGAGCUGGACGGGUCGCCCGUGUUCGUGCUACAGGUGACUGCCACUGACCCGGACAAAGACGCGGACCAGGGCGCCAUCCGUUAUUCCAUCCACGGUCAAGGUGCGGAGUCACAUUUCAUGAUCAAUGACAUCACAGGAGAGAUGUAUGCCCAGCGCACCAUGGACCGGGAGGAGCGUGCCGUGUGGCGCUUUGUUGUUAUGGCAACAGACGAAGAAGGCGAAGGACUAACCGGCUUCACGGAUGUUAUUAUCAAUGUGUGGGACAUCAAUGACAAUGCCCCCACCUUCGCGUGCGCGCCUGAUAAUUGCCAUAGUAGCGUGGCAGAGAACUCCCCUCCCGGAACGUUUGUUGUGGAAAUGACAGCAGUAGACCUUGACGACGCAGCUGUAGGUCAGAAUGCAAUCCUUACCUACCGAAUUACUGAGAAUGCACCCACUGUAAACAAAGCAGACCUUUUUACUAUUGAUUCCAGCACGGGCACCAUAUCUGUGGCCGCAGAGGGUCUGGAUCGGGAGGUGGCCGACAGCCAUCGGCUGAUAGUGGAGGCCCGGGACGGGGGAGGUAUGACGGGUACCGCUACUGUCACCGUACUAGUAACAGACAUCAACGACCACAUUCCGAAGUUUAAGACGAGCCGGUGUGGGGCCCGUGUGCCGGAGAACGCUAACGUAGACGCCGCCGUUCUGGAACUGAGCGCCGUGGACCCCGACACCGGCACGUACGGGCAGCUGACCUUCAGCGUGGUGGCCGGAGACCCGGAGCAGCAGUUCUACGUGGUCAGCCGCCGGCUGGAGCAGACGGGCACUCUGAAACUCAAGGAGAAGCUGGACUAUGAGAAGCCAGGGGAGCAAAGGUUUAACCUCACCAUCAAAGUGGAGGACUCGGACUUCUCCAGCCUCAUCCACUGUGUGAUUUUAGUGGACGACGAGAACGAUAACGCCCCCGCCUUUGCGCAGAGCUCCUACACGCUCUCCCCUGUGCCUGAGGAUGUAACUGUAAGUACCAGCGUCACUCAGGUUGUGGCCACUGACUCGGACUCGGGCCAGAACGGGGAGGUUUCGUACAGCAUCCUCCCUCAGUCUGACCCAUAUGGACAUUUCACAGUCAGCCAAGCUGGCGUGGUCACAGUUGCCAGGACGCUGGAUAGGGAGACGGUUGCGGGUUAUGAGCUGGUUGUCAUGGCAACUGACCGGGGCGCCCCGGCGCUGACUGGCAGCGUCACGGUCCACUUGCAGCUGCUAGAUGUGAACGACAACGGCCCGGAGCUGGAGGCGGCGUACACCCCGAUCCUGUGGGAAAACAGCCCGGCGCCUCAAGUGGUCUGGCUCAACAGGACCUCCACUCUGCUCCGCGUUGUGGACAGAGACUCCCCCGAGCACGGGCCCCCCUUCCUCCUCUCCCUGCCCUCGCUCUUCUCCGCCAGCUUCCACCUGCAGGACCACGGCAACGGCUCCGCCACGCUCACCGCCCUGCGGCGGUUCGACAGGGAGAGGCAGAGCGUGCUCCACCUGCCGGUGAUCAUGAGCGACGGCGGCGAGCCGCCGAUGACGGCCACCGGCACCCUCACCAUCACCAUCGGGGACCAGAACGAUAACGCCCAUCAGGCCGGGGAGAAAGACGUCUAUGUGCACAGCCAAAGGGGAAGGAUGGGGAAUGCAGCACUUGGGAAGGUGUACGCCCCAGAUCCUGAUGACUGGGACAACAAGACCUACACGCUGGAGACGAGCGCAGCCAAAUACUUCAGCCUGAAUGAGAGCUCAGGAGUGCUGACUAUCCAACAGAACACACCGGCAGGCAGCUACUGGCUCAGGGUGCUGGUGUCUGACGGGGUGUGGCCCGAUGUGAUGUCAGGCGUCAGGGUUCAUGUCAGGGAGCUGGAGGAGAAGGCCGUCUUGUCAUCUGCCUCAUUGCGCCUGACAGGCGUUACCGCGAGGGAUUUCAUCGACCCGCGCUCCGUCGACGGGAGGAGUCGGCUGGAGGCGCUCUGGGACUUCCUGUCCGAGGCCCUGUCCGUCAGGCCGGAGCGCGUCAACGUCUUCAGCGUGGCGGACCGAGAGGCGGGGGCCGUGGACGUCCAUUUCUACGUGCUCGCCGACAACGGCUACCUGCGCCCGGAAAAGCUGCACGCCGUCCUCGCCGCACACAAAAAGAAGCUGCAGUCGCUGCUGCGCGUGAACGUGAGCCAGGUGCAAGUGGACGAGUGCGCGCGCCGCGACUGCGGGCCGUCCGGCGGCUGCUCCACGCAGCUGAGCGUCGGCGACGAGCCCACGCUGGUGGACGCGGGGGUCCUGUCCCUGGUGUCGGUGCGGGCCACGUCCGUGGCCGUGUGCGGCUGCGCUGCGAGGGAGGUGACCCACCGGCCCUGCUCCUCCUACGCCAGCAACCCCUGCCUCAAUGGGGGGACGUGCGUGGACACCCAGGGUGGAUACAGGUGCCGCUGCCCCCCGCGGUUCCAGGGGCCGGACUGUCAGCAGACGGGACUCAGUUUCCUUGGCAACGGCUAUGCCUGGUUUCCCCCCACGAGGCCCUGCUUCGAUAGCCAUCUCUCGCUGGAGUUCAUGACGGAGGAGAGUGACGGGCUGCUCCUCUACGUGGGCCCACUGGCCACUCUUCUGCCUGGGGACACAGAGGACUACAUGGCCAUAGAGCUAAUUGGUGGGACACCCAGUCUGAAAAUCAACCACGGCUCGGGCACACUGGUCCUCCAGUUAACGAAGAGGUUGGCUGACGGACAGUGGCAUCGCCUCGAUGUGAGGAGCAACAGUAAAACCGUGCGUCUUACUCUGGAUCGAUGCUCCAGUGCGAUGGUCAUGGAGAUGGAAGGCGUCGACUCAUGGACAUUGCUAGACGACCGCUCCUCCUGUGAAAUCCAAGGGGUCACGCCCAACCGAGACAAGUAUCUGAAUGGAAGUCAUGUAUUGCAGCUCGGAGGGGUCAACGAGAACAUAUCAUAUGAAUACCCACAGCUGCAGCACAAACACUACACCGGAUGUAUAAGGAACCUGGUUGUGGACAGCAAGCUCUACGACCUCGGCUCCCCCGUUGAGUCCUCGGACACGGCGCCGGGCUGCUCGGCCACAGACGACCAGUGCCCCGGCGCCGAGCAGGCUCCUUCCUGCGGCAGAGCGGGCCGUUGUGAUGGCGAGCGGGGGUCCUUCGGGUGCCCGUGUGAGCCGGGGUUUACGGGGCCGCGGUGUGACCAAGUGGCCCCCGAGUUCUCCUUCGACGGACGCAGCCAUGUUCAGUUCCAGCCCCUGUGGCCCCUCUCGGCGCGGCAGACCAGGGUCCAGGCCGGGGUCCGGACGCGGGCCGCCGCCGGCGUGCUCCUCGCCCUCCUCUCCCAGGAGCAGAGCGAGUACCUGCGCCUGGAGGUUCUUCAGGGGCUGCUGGCCGUUUUCUACAACCUCGGCGACGGGGACCACAACGUCACGCUGCCGCACCUGCGCCUGGAUGACGGAGACUGGCACGAGGUGGAGCUGGAUCGUUACGACAGGGAGUUCACCCUGCGACUGGACGGGGGCGGCGGGCGGCGGGAGGUCACGGCCGCGCCCGGGAGGGGCGUGGAGCUCAUCAUCGACCCGGCGGCGGUGAUGCUCGGAAACUCCUUCCCGUCGGGACACAACCGGAGCUUCCUCGGUUGCCUGCGAGACGUGAGGUUCAACGGCCGCCCCGUCCCGCUGGACCCGGAGCCGGAGCCGACGUCGGAGGAGCUCCAGGUGGUCACCUCGCAGGGCGUCUCCGCGGGCUGCUCCUCGGACGCCUGCAGGAAGCAUCACUGCGCCCCCCCCCUCGUCUGCGUGGACCUCUGGAGACAACACGAGUGCAGGUGCCCGCCAGGCCACCUGACCAGGGAGGGCGCCGCCGGCACGGCGUGCGUCUACACGCUGUGCGCCGGCCGCCCGUGCCGCCACGGCACCUGUGUGGCCCACUCGCCGUCCCGCUACACGUGCCGCUGCAGCGAGGGCUACAGGGGGCGCCACUGCGAGGUCACGCUCGCCAUGUUCCACGACGAGGACGGCGCCAGCCUGAGCCUCAGCUCCAUGUUCGCCAUCAGCAUCUGCGUCAUGGCCUUCCUAGUGCUGAUGCUGGGCCUGUUCCUCUACUCGUGCUGGAGGAGGCACAAGGGGCUGAAGGAGGGCGUGUACCACGUGUCCGUGCACCACGGCGAGUGGGAGGACAUCCGCGAGAACGUGCUCAACUACGACGAGGAGGGCGGCGGCGAGCAGGACCAGAACGCCUUUAAUAUGGUGGAGCUGCAGCGGUCCCUCCAGCCCAGUCCGGCCCAGUCUUUGCGCUACAGCUACCCGCAGAGCAUCAUCUCCUACCCGCACACCAAGCUCCCCCAGGAGAACAACAAGAAGCCGGCGUGUGAUGAGAACGGCAGCGCGGCCAUCGCCCUGCGUCUGGCCACCCCCCCCUCGGAGGCGGAGACGCUGCCGUCCCCCCUCGCCUUCCGCCGCUCCCAGAAGUCCCUGUCCUUCUCCAGCCAGGACCUGGCCCGCUACCUGUGCGAGGUCAUCCGGGACAUGGAGCACCCGGGGGAGCCGGGCGCCAUGACGACGCCGCGGCGCCCCCCCGCCAGGGAGGGCGGCCUGGCGGCGGUGCACUCCCUCAGCUCCCUCAGCGCGGCCCCGGGCGCCGAGGUGCGGCUCCACUGGGCCCGGGGCGCGCGCGCGGACAGGUUCAGGGGCCUCCGGGCCGCGGUGAGCGACCUGAGAGGAGACUCCAAGAAGCCGGAGGAGCGGCGGGACAAAGCGUCGGAGAGCAGAGGGCAGCUGAACUGCGAGAAGAGCGGGUGAGGCGUCGCAGGGAGGCAGAGCUGGGGGACGCGGGGGGAGCGGCGCUAAUCAAAAGGCGGAGGAGAAAUUCCAAUGGGAGAUAAUUAAAUGUGAACUACUCCGAGUCUGGGAGGUUCCCAGGCUCUAUGUGAAGUCUGCUCUACAUGUACUGUAUUGAUGAAACUUUGAACAUUCAUGUUCUUUGAUAUAAAAGAUGUUUACCAAUGAAUGAUCAGAUGUGAUGUAUUGUUUACUUGACAUUGCACUGUACAGUAUUUGCUCCACAGGAAGCUGCUUUUUGGAGGCGCUCUGUGUCUAAACUACUCGUGUCAUGAACCUCAUAACAGUAACGUCUGCCUGCGAGACGGCAAACGAGUUUCCUGUGCGAGAAGUGGAUUUUCUUUCCUGUUAAUGACUCAUGAAAUCAUUUAUGUGACAAAAUGAUUUAGUUUCAUUUGUAUUAUCUAUUUCCUUUUAAAUAAAUUAAUAUCUUUGAUAAUA